AUGAGUUCAAAGGAUGACGAUCCCAUUGUGCGAUCGCUAAAACUACUGGAUCCUAUUCUUCAGUUCUUGACAAAGGCUACAGGUCAAAGUGCGAUUGGAGUCGACAAGCUUCACUCAACGUUGCCAGCAACAAAACAAAUUCCGUUCGCCCAUGUGCAACACCUCUUGAAUUUUAACAUUCUUCAGGCCUUCCCACUCAAUUUAAGCAAGGAGCGAGAAAAAGAGUUUGAAGAGCAAUGGUCUCAAGGGAAAACAGAGACUGCGAAAACAGAUUUCCAGAUUGGGUUCCCUAGUCCAGAUGGAAGCGACAAGCGGCUGACCGGGAGUACAAAAACAGCAGCAAAGCGAAGGCUUGCAGAAUUAAGAAAGAAAUUGAAGGCUGCGAACAAAUUGGCCAAGAAUGGAAUCGAGCCAACAAUAGAAGGAGAAGAAGAUGCUGAUAAUGAACCAGAGGUUGGCCAAUCAGCCAAAAAAGAUUGGUCUCUCCCCACAGAAGAUGAUCCAAAUCACGGUGACGAACCAGUCUUGGAAAUCGAACGAGAAGGCUUGAAUGCUCUGGAUCAAGUUCUUGGCCUCACAUCAAAACCCCCAAAAGAAAGGGAUGUUGAAUCCCUCAUCCCAAGUUGCAUUUUGCCACGCCAAAUAUCUUAUGCGGGAAGUCAUCCUGCCCAAUCCGCAGACUAUGUGGGCAAUAUGGAUGAUAUUCCGUGGACCAAAAAGUUGCACCCGACCUUGCUAUCAGCCUUGCUUGGAAAGCGCCGUCUCUAUCGACAUCAAGAAAUAGCUAUUCGAUCUGCCUUGCAAUCUACACCUACCCUAGUGUGCACGGGAACUGGCUCUGGAAAAUCCAUCUGUUUCUUAAUGCCGGUGUUGCAAGCAGCUAUAGAAGGACAUCGUUCUAUGCUGCUGUUUCCGACCAAAGCUUUAGCGCAAGAUCAAAUUGUAAAGCUUCAAGCAUGGCUGGUAGAACACAAACUGGACGACAAGAUUAAUGUGGCUACCCUGGACGGAGACACUCCACAUUCGCAACGAGCCGACGUUGCCGAUUCGGCGCACAUUAUUCUGACUAAUCCAGAUACGCUCCAUGCUUCCAUCUUGCCUCAAUGGAAACACAUGUACAAAGCAAUCUUUGAAUCUUUGAAAUAUGUUGUGAUCGACGAGGCCCACAUGUACGAAGGUGUGUUUGGUGCCCAUGUGGCAAUGAUUUUGGCUAGAUUGUAUCGAGUUGCUUGCUUGCAUUCCGAGAACAAGGACGCUGUCGUCGUUUUUCUCGCCUGCUCCGCUACCUUGGCACAUCCAGAGCACCAUUUUCGACUACUUUGCUGUAUUCCACAAAGCAAAAAGGUUUCCAUUGUGACACAAGAUGGUUCACCGCGAGCUGCCAAACACUUUUGGGUUUGGAAUCCUCCCUUGUUGGAUACGAACGGCAAGAACAUGGGCAUGGUGAAGCUACCGAAAAAUAAGAAGAAGAAGUCAAAGAAACCACCCGAAACGAUGAAUGCUCCAAACGUAUUCGGGCCUGUGGAUCUGUCUCAAACGCUAGAAGAUCGACAAAAUGCAAAAAAUGCACAGUUGCCACAAAAGCAAUUCAUUCGACGCCGGCACUCCGCAGAUGAAACUGCAUUGCUGCUUGCCAGAGCAGUCACCAGAGGUAUUCGAACCAUUGCCUUUUGCAAAACAAGGGGCUUGGUAGAAUGGGUGUACGAACGCACAUUGGCGGCGUUGAAGCAGUCACCCGAAACAGCAAAAUUCAUAUCCAAGGUGGAAUCGUACCGCGGUGGCUACACAAAACUAGAACGGCGUCAAAUUGAGCAAAAGUUGUUUCAGAACGAGCUACUGGGAGUUGUCGGUACAUCUGCCUUGGAACUGGGUGUGGAUAUCGGAGGAGUUGACUUGACUUUACACUGUGGGUUUCCCAGCACUCAUGCCUCUCUUCUUCAGCAGGCUGGGAGGGCUGGGAGGGGUGCCGCGGCAAGUUCCAAACCGUCACUGGCGAUUUGCAUCUGCUUCAACGGUCCUGUCGAUCAACAUUUAUGGCGACACCCAUCUAGUCUGCUAACUCGGGGGUUAACGGCUCCCCUAUCCAUGCCCAUUUAUCCAGGUCUUGUCCAGGGGCACCUUUUAUGUGCCGGACAAGAGUUUCCACUGACUGGACACGCCAAUGUCUUGACUCUACAAUCGACUCAAGAUCCAGAUGAACUCAAGGAAAAAGACUUACUCUGUGACUAUGACCUUUUUGGAUCAGAAGAUAUCUACCAGGAGGCCUUGGAAACGCUACAAGUACAAGGUGCCGUGGAAAAAGAAACUGUUGGAGUGCGAACCAAGGAAGGAAGCGCUGUUAUUUACAAGGCACACCCAUCAAUAAAGAAUCCAUGGAUGCAAGUAUCCAUUCGUUCCAUGGAAAGUGUCAACUAUGACAUUGUGGAUAUGUCUCACCCUAUGCAAGGCGGUAGAAUGGAUCAAAUCUGUAGUGAGGCUGCUGUGAUGGAUACGAUUCCAUACUCCAGAGUCUUCUAUCAUGCAUUUCCUGGUGCCAUUAUCAUGCAUCGUGGAAGAAGGUACAAGAUGGUAUCCAUGACUCGACCUCCGCCAUUCGGGCAAGGCUUCCGCGGAACUCUCAAACUAGGUGCUUUUGCCAAGCCAAGUACUCAUCGCUACUUUACUCGCCCGCUGAGCAACUUGAAGAUUACUGUGGUAAAGCAGAUUGAACGAGUGGACCUUUACAAUCCAUCAGAUCCUUCCCAGAAGAAGAGUCCUGUCGAAGAUGUAUCAACACUCUACUCUGAUGACCCGAGUUCCAGUUCCUUUGCCGGUUGCGGCGUCGUCAACAUCAAACGCAAUGUCCAUGGAUACAAGAAGCUUUCUCUCGUCACAAGAGAAGAGCUAUCGCGCUCCGAAUUGUCAUUGCCAGAUAUGGAAUUUGAUAGCUUUGGCUUUUGGAUUGAUUGCGAUCCAAAUGUGCUAGGCCCGAUGUUCUCAGGAGACAAUUUUGGGUACGGCAUUCAUGCACUCUCGCAUGCCAUCCUGGCGGUGGCCCCAUUAUUUGUUCCUUCGGUCAUGUCGGAUGUCCAAUGUGACCACUCGGUUUACCAGCCUACGAGACUAUGUAUAUUUGAUGCCCGAGCUGGGGGAUCGGGGAUUUGUGCGCAGCUUUGGAAGUCUGUCUUUGUUGAAAACGGGUUGAUUGAAUCAGCCAUCAAUCUCAUGGAAUCCUGCUCGUCUUGCUCUCACGAUCAUGGUUACAGUGGCGGAUGUCCAGCCUGUCUCCAAGCUGGAGAAUGUAUCAAAUUCAAUGACUAUUUAUGCAAAUCUUCCGGUCUAGUCAUUGCCAAACACUUGCUGAAGCGGCUGAAGCAGACGGAUGCAUAUUUGCACAAUAUGAACAAGAGAAAGGCAGAGGAAGCGGAUGCCACUGAUGCCGAUACGGACAGAUCCCAAAAGUUGGCUCGUACCAACAGUAAAUCUCCUGACAUUGCAUCACCGCGACGAAAAGCUCGAGAAAGAGCAAUGCGUUCCGCCAAGGAUAUUUCCGGGGCAAACCAACGGCAAAUGGUGGUUGGACGACCAUCGUGGCCAAUGGAUCGAAGUGAAGGGUCAAGUCGGCAGGAAAACGAAUAG